AAGCCCUUGAAGCCCUCGUACUUUCUGUGUGAAAUCAUAAUCAGUAAUAAUACCAUUCACCCUUGAGGAAAGCACUUUCUUCUCGGUUGUGCAGAAUACAGAAGUAGGUAGAGAGUGAUGGAAGGGAUGUCUAGGUCGCCACCGGCUGGGAGUUACAGUAAUGGCCACCACCACAAGCUGCUCGGCGGCGGCACCGCGCAAAGGGAUCAUUUCAGGUCCCGGAGGUCCCGUCAGAGCGGCGUGACUAGGGUUUCCAGUGGGCAGCAGGAAACAGAGGCGCCUCCCCCGUGUACAGAUUUUGAUAAGGCUUACUUUCAGUCUUACUCCCACGUCGGUAUUCACGAAGAGAUGAUCAAGGAUCGUGUGCGAACAGAAACAUACAAGACAGCCAUUUUACAACAUCAGAGUUACAUACAAGGCAAAGUUGUUGUAGAUGUUGGCUGUGGCACAGGAAUCCUCUCAAUAUUCUGUGCUCAGGCAGGGGCAAAACGGGUGUAUGCAGUGGAUGCCAGUGAGAUAGCAUUGCAGGCAAAUGAAGUUGUCAAGGCAAAUAACCUCUCUGACACAGUCAUUGUUUUACAUGGACGUGUUGAGGAUGUUCAAAUUGAUGAAGAGGUUGAUGUUAUAGUAUCAGAAUGGAUGGGUUAUAUGCUUCUUUACGAGAGCAUGCUUGGGAGUGUUAUUGUUGCCAGAGACCGCUGGUUAAGACCUGGUGGUCUUAUUCUUCCUUCAAAUGCAGUGCUAUACAUGGCCCCUGUUACACAUCCAGACAGAUAUGCUGAAAGUAUUGAUUUCUGGCGUAAUGUCUAUGGGAUUGACAUGUCCCCAAUAAUGCCAUUGGCAAAACAAUGUGCCUUUGAAGAACCAUCUGUUGAGACCAUCAGUGGAGAGAAUGUCCUUACAUGGCCACAUGUGGUAAAACACGUGGAUUGCUAUACAAUCACACUUCAAGAAUUGGAAUCUGUUACCACAAACUUCAAGUUUCAAUCCAUGAUGCGAGCUCCUUUUCAUGGAUUUGCAUUUUGGUUUGAUGUGGAGUUUUGUGGGACCACUGCUGAGAACGAUGCACCAUCAUCAGAGUCAACAAAGUCAAACCCUAGAAGGAAGCGUGCAAAUCCCAGUGAAGCACUUGUUCUUUCCACUGCACCCGAAGAUCCACCCACACAUUGGCAACAGACAAUGAUAUACUUCUAUGAUCCGAUAGAGGUAGAGCAAGAUCAGGUUAUUGAUGGGAAGGUUACAUUAACACAAAGCAAAGAGAACGCGCGAUUCAUGAACAUUCAUCUUGAAUACGCCUCAGGUGGUCGUUCUUUUGUAAAAGAAUGUGUAUUGCGUUGACUAUUUUUCAUGUUGGUCAAAUAGUAGUUUCUUUGGUUGAAGAAAUAGUAGUGUUUGUUUUAGGUAGAAAUGUAGUCAAAGAUUGUUGUUGGGGUUGAGUUUAAGUUUUAAGUUUGUUUUAUUUUUUUUAUACUAAAAGUUGUAAAAGACACAAAGGGGAUCUUCAUAUGGACAUCUAUCUCUAUUAUUCAUACGUUGAUUGAUGUUUAUCAACUUGGAUUUGAAUUUGUUAACAAAA